AUGGCUUCUUCGUGGACGUUGGAAGGACUUGAGGAACGAAUUAAGGCACAUAGUAACUAUAUCGAUGCGGUUACAAGUUUGAUACCUCCUAAACCAUAUUUUAAAAACGACCCGAACAAGCCCGAAGAGGAAGAUGAACAGACUUAUCAAAACAGGAAAAAGAGAAUUUCAAUGCAAUUACUUGAAGAACAAAAAAAAGACGCAAAGAGACUAAAGUUUGAUCCUGACAAUCUAAAAACAAUAACUGAUAUCCAACGGGAACAAUUGAACAAAAACAAGGAAAAAAUGAAAGAAUCAGUUAUGGACGGUGCAUCAUCAAAUUCAGGAAAGGAGGGCAAAUUAGAAGAUGGUGAUUCUUCGCAAUCACGUUUGCCGAUUACUGACAGGCUUGCUCGAUUGCGCUUUGCGAAACAAACAAGUGAGUCUGAUGCUGCAAAAAAGAUUACUCGAAAGGAAAAGAACCGAAUAAGGGUGGAGAAAAAAAAAAAAAAGCAGUUAGCUAUUAAGAAGAAUCUAAAAAAACCGAAGGAUUAUGGUGGAAAAAUAUUAUUGAAUGUUAAAUCUACGGAGCAAGAUGAUGUCCAAGAGCAAGAUCCAAAUAAUGCAGAGAGAAAUAUGCGAUUUGUGAAGUUUGAUUUUGAAGAAAAAAAACAAAAAAAGAAUAUUAAUGAUGUUCAUCUCAUGAAUAAACUUCAAAAUCGCGCGGAAAAGAUUGAGAAGUUGAAGAAAGUGGAACCGGAGAAGGCGGCACAAAUACACGAAAAAGAGGAGUGGUCAAAAGCACUGCAAAAGGUGCAAGGUGAAAAAAUUAAGGAUGAUCCGAAAUUACUGAAGAAAACAAUCAAGAAAAACGCAAAUAAAAAGAAAAGCAGUGAAAAGGCUUGGAAAGAGCGAGUUCAGACAGUCAAAAAUAAGAUGCAAGAAAGACAAGAGAUAAGAACAAAGAAUAUUCAAGAAAGGAUUAACGCGAAAAAAAAUAAG